AAUGCAUACAAUUCGGGCCCGUAUUCGCCUCAGACAGGGUAUACGCCCUCCAAUAUCCAAUGAAACAAGAUUCUCUCGGUCUCGUAUUUCAUACACAAUACCCCGAGAAAAACAGUGGUUCCGACGCUGGAACUGUCUGUUACACACACUAUCGGCCCCUUCCCAGCCUCAGGCGCUCCCCCUUGCCAUCAGCCAUGGGUUAUCUACAGUAGAUUGCAACGAAGAGAGUUUGUAUCGCUACACUUCUGGACGGUGGCUCUGGAAUGAAAAUGAACAGCUCUCUCGCCGCUAUGUCAAGUUUAAUCUGGACGAACUCGUUCGCAUUGCUGUACGGGUAACAGGAUCUAGUUCCUGUAUCCAAGUGCAAAAGCUUCCGGAAGGGAACUUUAGCAAGGUCUUCCUCAUUACGAUGGACGAUAACAAAGAAGUUAUUGCAAAACUACCCAAUCCAAAUGCGGGGCGCCCGCACUUUACCACGGCCAGUGAGGUGGCCACGAUGGACUAUGUCAGGAAUGUACUCAACAUACCAACACCGAAAGUAUACAAGUGGAGCUCCUCGGCUGCAACCCCAGUUGGGGCUGAGUAUAUCAUCAUGGAAAGGAGCCGCGGGGUUGAAUUAAGCAGGCUGUGGGAUGAUAUGCCGGGAUCCGAAAAAUUUCAAAUUGUCAAGCAACUCGUCGGGUUUGAGAAAUCACUUGUGUCAUCGCAAUUCCCUAUGUAUGGAAGUCUGUACUAUGCAAAGGAUCUCCCGGACGUUCGACCCAGCCAGGUAGUAGGCAUUGGAUCCAAGCAGGACACUGUAGAUUCGGUCUUUGCGAUCGGUCCGACCACUAACCGGAAUUUUUUCGAUGAUGGCAGAGAUGCCGUUGAUGUGAACCGCGGUCCUUACUUACACGGAGACAACAUAUUCGUUAACCCGGACCGGCCAACCGAGAUUCUGUCUAUUAUUGACUGGCAGGCCGUGAACUUGUCGCCUCUUUUUCUCCAGGCGCGCCAUCCUGCUCUAGUUGAAUUUGAGGGACCCAUCCCCGAGGGACCCGGCUCAAUCAAUCUCCCCGAUAAUUUCGAUGAGCUUAACCCGGAGGAACAACUCGAGGCAAAGAAACUUCGAGCAGCCCAGUCAUUAUACAAACUUUACGAUAUUCAACUGAUCCAGCAAUGUCCUGACAUCGCUCACGCAUUGCGGUUCAAAUAUUCCCUCGCCGGCCAAAUCACAGGUUUAGCGGGCUCUAUCUUUAGUGAUGGGGAGCCAAUCGUGCAGGGAAUGCUGAUGAGACUCCAGGAGGAAUGGCCAAGCUCUACUGGGCUGUCUAUUCCCUGUCCACUCUCCUUUACUGCGAAGGAGAAGGAAACGCAAAGAGAAGAGGCGGAAAAGUGGGCCACCGGCGUCGAGUUGAUGGAGAAAUUCCUUCAUCAAGUCGGUGCUUAUCGAGGAUGGGAUGGCUGGGUUAAUCAUGAUAACUACGAGCACUACAAAGAGCGGUUUGAUAGAUGUCGGGAGCAGUUUUUGAACAGCACUCGGUGA